UGCGUAUUGAUUCUCGGAACUACUAACCUGUGAGUUGUACGUUGUACCUACACGGCGCAUAUUCUUGUUGACGUCGAUUUUGUUGUCGUGCUUUUAAUUAUAAAAUUGAUCGUAUUAUUUGAGGGUGAAAAUGGUAGACGAAACUGAGAAAGACGCCGGCACGAAUGUCGAGGAUAAAGAUUCCGUGGACAAAAGCAUUUCAGACCUGGAUAAUAAAAUAAUAAAGCAGGUUGAGUAUUAUUUUGGUGAUAUCAACUUGGUACGAGAUAAGUUUAUGCAAGAGCAGAUCAAGGUUGAUGAUGGCUGGAUUCCCCUUGAGACGAUGCUGAAGUUCAACAGGCUAGCAAAUUUAACCAAGGAAUCGGAAGUGAUUGUUUCGGCAUUAAAAAAGUCGCAAACAGGUUUGAUGGAGGUUAGUGAAGACGGCACGAAGAUCAGGCGCUCGCCUUCAGUCCCACUCCCAGAAAUAAAUGAAAACAGUCGGCAGGAACUCACCAACAGGACUGUUUAUUGCAAAGGAUUUCCAUUAGAUUCCAAACUUGAUGAAUUGAUUGAAUAUUUCAAUCAAUACACUGGUGUAAUAAAUGUUGUUAUGAGAAAUUACAAUGAUAAAGCCACCAAAACAUGGAAAUUUAAAGGUUCUGUUUUUGUCAAUUUUAAAACAGUUGAAGAUGGAGCGGAAUUUUUGAAAUUGGAAAGUGUCAAAUAUAAUGACACAGAAUUAUUAAAGAUGUGGAUGAAAGAUUAUGCUGAAUCUAAAAGGAAAGAACGAUUAGAAGAGAGGCAAAAACGUUCAAAAAAUAAAUCGGCUAAGAACAAUGAAGAUGCUCCAGAAGAAGAAGAACAAAAUCACGGAUUUCCCAAAGGAACUGUUAUCCAAUUAUCUGGCUUUAAAGUUGAUGAACCAAUCAAAAGGGAAUUAGUCAAGGAAGCAAUUGAGGGACUAGGAAUUUCUGUAGCUUACAUUGAAUAUGAGAUGGGUGAUGAAACAGCUUGGGUUAGGCUAGAAAACAAAGAUACUGCAAAGGAACUUAUGAAAAAAGUAGAAGAAGAAUGUAAUAGUCAUUUAGUUGUUAAUGAAGACAACAAGUUAAGCAUCAGAGUAGUUGAUGGCGAUGAAGAAGAACAAUUUUUAUGCAAAGCUAAAAUGGAUCAAAAAGCCCGAAGACGUACUGCUAGAAACAAAGGCAAGAUGCAAAAAAGAGGUCGAGGAGAUAGACAUUUCCAUAAUAAGAAGAGGAAAGGAAGUCCUCACCAUCCUUGUGAACCACCCACAAAAGUUUGCGCUUAAAUUUUUUAAACCUGACGGUUCAUUUUUAUUUUGUAAUUUCAAUUUCUUAAAAGUUGAUUACAUGAAAUACAUGAAAACUGUAAAUAAAUUUCCAAGUUUGUUUU